GUGUGUGUGUGUUUUCUCAGCCUGGCACACACUGAAGUCUGCCAGCGGACGCUCGCGGUGGCAUACCGUGACAGUGCAGCUUUACCGGAGUGAGCCAAACGAGAGUCGCGUCCAUCCAUCCAUCCGUCCAGCCAUGAGUCACCGAGGAAAACGGACACAUUCGCGCUCGGACCUGUUGUUCGCGUGACCAUCAAGCGUAUUAAGUUUAGCGUCUGGGCAAAGCCGCGGGAAUAAGAGAUUUUCUCCUGGGUUGGAUCACGUUUGGAGCAUAAGUCGUGCGCUGCGCGUCUCCGCCGCUCAUCAGAUGAUGCGUGUUCACGGGUCCUCCUCCGGUGCCUCCGGCAUUACUCACGCACCGGCGGAGUGAGAACAGCUGAAGAUGAUCCUCAGAUGAACAGGUCGGGGAAACUUUUUCUGGAAGAUGUUCAGGGGAGCUGCGGUCUUCGUUUGGAUAUCUGACGGCCACGACGAUGAGUUUGUUUAAACGCACGAGAGGAGGAAAUUUAACAGGUGCGUAAUUGUCACUCGAGCAUGAAUCCCAGUGGCUUCUGGCACCUUCUCCAGUUCAGAAGCUCUUUGGAGAUCACUCGGGGAGCGCGCUAGUUGAUGGCACUGCGCGCCGGGAGGACUUUGCUGUGGCUCGGGCAGGUUUUGCGUAGAGUUUCGCGGCUGCAGGGCUUGUGGUCCCGGCGCUCCAGCAGUCUGCUGUGUCUCUCGGCCAGCCAGGACCACGAUCAAGGGACCUGUUACAACCGCAACCGGUGUCCGAAGACGCAUCAGCAGCACUGCCCCUAUCCGCCCUUUCCAGACUGCUGCUGCGCCUUCCCGGGGGAUAAGAGGGGACAUGAACCCCUCAGCCGCCGGUUCCUGGUGGCCAUGAAGAGGCAGAACGUGCGGACGCUGUCCCUGAUCGUCUGCACGUUCACCUAUCUGCUGGUCGGGGCCGCGGUGUUUGACGCGCUCGAGUCGGACUUCGAGAUGCGGGAGAAGGAGCAGCUGGAGGCGGAGGAGAAGCGCCUCCAGGGCAAGUACAACAUCAGUGAGGAUGACUAUAAAAAGCUGGAGACCAUCAUCAUGGAGGCCGAGCCGCACAGAGCAGGGGUCCAGUGGAAAUUUGCAGGGUCCUUUUACUUUGCCAUCACUGUCAUAACCACGAUAGGUUAUGGCCACGCGGCUCCGGGCACGGAUGCAGGAAAGGCGUUCUGCAUGUUUUACGCCGUACUGGGGAUCCCGCUCACGCUGGUGAUGUUCCAAAGCCUCGGCGAGAGGAUGAACACCUUCGUCAAGUACCUGCUGAAGCGCAUCAAAAAGUGCUGCGGGAUGCGCAUCACGGACGUCUCGAUGGAGAACAUGGUGACCGUGGGGUUUUUCUCCUGCAUGGGAACGCUCUGCAUCGGCGCGGCAGCUUUCUCCCACUACGAGGACUGGAGUUUCUUUCAGUCCUAUUAUUAUUGUUUCAUAACACUCACCACCAUCGGGUUCGGGGACUUUGUGGCCCUGCAGAAGAACAAAGCCUUGCAGAGGAAACCCGUUUAUGUGGCGUUCAGCUUCAUGUACAUCCUAGUGGGGCUGACGGUCAUCGGGGCCUUUCUCAACCUGGUGGUACUACGUUUCCUGACCAUGAAUAGCGAGGACGAGCGGCGAGACGCCGAGGAGAGAGCUUCCCUGGCGGGGAACCGCAGUAGCAUGAUCAUCCACAUCCAGGAGGACACGCUCCAGAGGAGUCGACGGAGACGAGAGCAGCAACAGCACCGCUACAGGCCCGAGGUCACCGAUCUCCAGUCCGUUUGCUCCUGCAUGCACUACCAUUCGCAUGAGUUCGGGAGCUCGGUCGGCCUCGGGUUGGGAAUGGGAGGAGGAGGAGGAGGCGGCGGCGGUGGCACCUUUCAGCACCAGAACUCGUUCGGCUCCCAGUUGAGCCCCCAUCAGUACCAUCACUACCACUCGACGGUGUCCUACCGCAUAGAGGAGAUCUCGCCGAGCACUUUGAAAAACAGCUUCCUUCCCUCCCCCAUCAGCUCCGUCUCGCCCGGGCUGCACAGCUUCACAGAAAACCUCCGGCUCAUGAGACGCCGCAAGUCCAUCUGAGGAACGACGGCACCCGGUAACUAAUCGCUGAACGCGCAUAUCCAAUGCUGCUGCUCUACCAAACCUCAUUCCCGCACUUUUUUUUCGACAUUUCCAGGCUCUUGCGAGAAGCGAGGAAGUGACUUUGGAUCACGCGAGCAGGACGCUUGAACGGUUGAUGGAUAUAUAAGAACUUCGUUAAAAAGCAUGAAGCAUGGAUAUCUAUUUUUGCAGAAAACAUCACCUGGGCCUUCUUUGCCCUUUUGAGCAGCACCUGAGUGGGUUUGGAUAUAAUAAUACCACCCUGAUAAUCUUAUCAGACGAUACACAUUUGAGUUUUGAAUAAUACAGAGGGAGAUAUAUAUAUAUAUAUAUAUAAUUUUUUAAAGGGACAUGUGAAAACGUGUUUUAUCAAACGGUGAGCAGCCUCUGGUUCUUUCUUAAGAUUCAAGUGCCACAACAAUGAAGAGGAAAUAACUAUAAAACUGAUUUGAAAAGGACUACACAGUAUCAGGUAUUGUUUUCUAUAAGCAAUUCUAUUUAAGAAGAAUAAGACAUUGAUUCACAUCAUGCCAAAAUAUUGUUGCCAACCAUAGCAUGUGCAUUAGUUGUCGUUUGAUGUGAGUCAUCGUUUCCGUUAACCUUUUUUUGUUUUUUUUUUCCGUUUUUGUUUGUUUAAUUUCAAUCAAAAGUUUUUUGUAAAUUAUACAUGUAUGUAGAGACUUUCCAAGUGCGUUAUAUUUAAAGGUGACAGACGAGAGACAGCAAAAGUCGGUUCUGAGAGGAGAAUAAUUGCAUGUGCUUUGUUCAAACUGGUAUGUGUAUACUGUCACGAGGCGAAGCGAUAGCUACCUUAGCACUGGAUUCAAUAUAAAAAGCAAAUAAUCCUUAUAAAAAUAUUUUCUGAAAAGGAACUACCGACUCCAAAACAUCCACUAGAACAGGGCCUCACAAUGGGAACGUUACGGCAUCGCCGAUGAUUGUUAUUCAUCGGGAUUUAUAUAAAAAACAGCACGUUGACUCGACUAUUAUUCCAUUGUGAACAAUCAAUGUAUAAUGUAUGCUAACCCUAGCAAUGAUUGCUUUUCUCUCGACCAUUUAUUUGAAUGAGACUUAUUUAAAUGCAUCAAUAAAGACAGUUAUUUAUGUAUUUUACACUUUGAUGAUGUCUUGAGAGGAUGCCCUGCAAAUCGGAUGGUACCUCAUAGGCCUAAAUCGCUCUGAUGUUGAUUGAAAAACAUAGUGUAGCUCUUUUAGGUGAACAGUCAGAAUGUAAUCAACAGUUCUCAUUCCCUGCUUGGGGUAGGAAUUGUUUUUGUUCAGUAACCAAAUUGCAUCUCUGAUAUAACAGCAAUCAUGUCACUUUUCAGUUUUAACUGAAAUCUUUUACUGUUUCCUGAAUAUAAUAUACGAGUAUCUGUGUAACCGUUAGGAUCAUCCGAUAAACCAGAGUUGGAGUCAAGACCGGACCCUACAAGACCAAGAUCUGACCUAUCAAGGCCCAGAUCCAAACCUAUACCUGUCCAAGUAUGAGAUUGUCCAGGUUAAUGAACUAAAAUGGAGAAGAUGCUGAAUUUAUCACAGCAUUCACUUUGUACAUAGCCAUUCAAAGCCAUAGAAAUGUUGCUUAUUUUCUGUAAUCAUGAAGACACCUUGUUGAAUUUGGCUGAGUAUUACCUUUAGUAUGUUAGAGGCCCUGAACCAAGACCAAAACUGGACUCUACGUUCAGACUAUCAGACUAUUUUUACGAAUCUUUUUCGUGCUACAUUCAUAUGUGGUUUGAAACCCUAUUCAUAUCGCAUUUCUGGAAGUCUGCUCUGAUCAGAUUUUGCGUGGUUUAUGUGACUUUCUCAUGCCAUGUAAAACGUAAACAUAAGACAUUGAUAUAGGAAACAUGCUGAAAGUCGCUCCAGAAAGAAACAAGGUUGUGUUGUUGUAAACUGCCGGUUGAGCAGAAAAUGACGGAGACGUGUUUUGAAACCGGCGGAGACUACAGCAUGGAGUAAAGCCACACAUAUCAGCCUCGUAUGAUGUUUCAGCCACUGCCUCAUAAGAUGCAGUAGUCCAACAUGGCGGCUACACAUCGGCUAUGUUCACACUGCAGGUUUAUGUGGCCCAAAUCUGAUCUGAGAUCUGUUUUCCCCAUGACAUUGUGAACAGUACAAACCAAGUUGUGCCAUUUCCAUAUGUGGUACUAAAUCCGAUACAGCUCAGAUGUUUUGUAAUGAGACCGCAGUGUGAACAGUCAUAUCGGAAUUCAUGCGAUUUUUACGUCACUCAACAUCAACAUUCGUCACGAUUCUGCGCUCAUGGGAGUCUAUUCAAAGAUUUUACAUGCCCAACGUUAUCAAGACAGUUGUGAAAGGUAGUCAGUAGAAGGGCAGUGAUGUGUCAGAACUCGUAAGUAUUACAGAGAAGCAAAACAUGAGGGCUCGUAUCAUAAAAGUUUCAAAACUCUGCUCUCUUUUGUCACAUCAUUGUCUUUAUUUUUCAUAUUGCCUGCGCAUAAU